AUGAGCUAUCUUCAUUGCGGUAAGGUCGUUCAUGUGGUUGUCAACUUGAUUUACUUAAUAUUAUGGAAUUUGUAAUCAAUUCUGUGGCCAGGAAUUUGUUGAAAUUUAAUUCUCGGUGUUUAAUCAGAAGGAAUAUAAUGACGACUCCGUCGAGGUGCGAGAAAGCUAUGGAAGAGCUUUCCGGUAAUCCUUACUUUGAGAAAUAUGCCCAAAAGAUUGCAUCUCUCCAGAAGACUUCCCCAGAGGAAUUCUUGUCAAGGGUUGAGGACCACAAGACCAGGAAGGAGUUUAAGCCAGAGCCUGUGAAAGAAAGGCAAUUCACUAGUCUGCUGGAACCCAAGAAAGCUGUAGAUUUAAAGGAUGGAGCACAGGAUGAAUCAUUGGAUAAAAUCAUGAAGUUGGACUUGAUCAAGGACAAGGACGUGGAUGAGAUCAAGGAGAUUUGGUUGAAAUAUCAUGUACAGAAGGAGACUAUAGCUGCUGUCAUCAGAAGCAGUGACUAUGACAAGAUCUUGGAGCAAGCUUUGAAGACACCCUUAUUCCUGUUCCCACUGCCCAGGAGUCAAGGCUAUGAAUUCAUAAUGUGCCAAUUCCAAAAUAACAGCAUCCAUUUCACUCCAUUGAUUUGCUACCAGGUGCACAAAGAAAACGCACCAGAAUGCUUGACAAUCAAAAACUACACAGAGUUCAAAGAUUCCAAAGGCAUUGUCCUCAUGAGGGGAGAGUAUGAUAAGAACACAAUUGACGCCAAGGAGGCGCAAUGUUUGGCAAACCAAGUGCAACUGUACUACAACCAGAAUGAUGAGGCUAAGGUGAAACUUAUGGAGCUGUUCAACAACAAGCCAGACGAAUUCAAACACAUGGAUCUGAUCAAGCAGAUCGAAUCAUUGUCUCUUUAAAAUAAAUGAAACAAAAUCGUUGUUUUUUUGUAUAUAAUUAAAAAAUAAAUAAAAAUAAAUAGUAUGGGUAUAAAUUAGG